CAGUACCCAACAUGCAUCUCGGCAAAGGUUCUCUCGGUUAAAAAAACAAUACACUGGCCUCUGUGAUGCAACGAAAGGAAACAGAACGGAGUGGAGAAAGAGGUCGCCUAGUUCUAAGUCUAGAAUCUUACAGCAUUUACCAGAAAAGAAACCUAGGGGGAAAAGAUCAGUACCUGAGGGGUUUGAUUGGCUGAGACGGAGGGAAGAUUCAAGGACUGUUCUAUGACAAAGUACUAUUUGGAGUCCACAGUUGGGCAUUACCAAAAAAAUUAUUGUCCAGCUGUGGAUUUUGGUGUUUUUUCUUACGGUGUACUGCGGCUAUCUUGUGCUUUUUAUGCACAGUUUGGAGGUUUUGAAACUUGAACAUGUCCAAAAAACACAGAAAGAAAUCUAGCAAAGAGGAUGACACUUCAGACAACAAGCUUUCUUAUUCCAAGUCUUCCAGUGAUAAAAGUUCACACCAGUUGUCUAGCUUUUCUUCCUCACGGAGGAGUAAAAAGAAUCAUGAAAAGGCAGAAAUUAGGACUCAUGCAAGAGAGCAACCAACAAGUAAAGGGUCAUGUGAUAGUACGGGAUACCCCCCCAAAAAAAGGAAUCUGGAUCUCAAAGAUACCACUAAAGGUUUCCAAAAAGAGGUUUCCAAAGAUAUCCAUCUUGUCUGUGGUACUUUAAUGCCUAUUGAAGAGCGUGGAAGGAUCACUAUGCAUUUUAAAAAUAAAGCUGAAUGUGUGGGAAAGGCAAGUAGUGUGGAUUCUGCAGCAGCCUUCCCUCGAAAGGGAGGCUCCAUCACAAAUAUGUGCAGUGAUCCUGAUGUGAAAAGAAGGAAAAUGAAAUCACAAGAUUUGAGAAUUCUGAACAGCAAAGAGAAGAACAAAAAGAAGUCUGAAAUGGAGCGCGCCAAACGAAAAGACAUAAUGGUGAAACGUGUGCUGGCGGAGUUCCAAGAAAGUUCACAUCACAAUUCAAAAAAGCGACAUCCCAUCUUUUCAGCCUUUAAUUUAUCAGGUCCUAAAUUAUCUCUUCAGCAAGCCUGUGUGCACCGUCUUCAAAGAGCCAAACAUUCUUCAUUAGAGCUGCCUAGCAAAAAUGACAAAGAGAUGAAAUGUGUACCCUUGUAUCACUUGACUGAAUAUAAAAAGAAAGAACAAUUGUAUACUGAUUCCACCAAGAAUAUUGGUAAUAAAAGGACCCAAGGAAAUAGACUUGAGCCUGUAGCCCUUCAGAUGCGUCAGAGCUCUGAUGCCUCAUGUCACUUUUCUUCUGGUGAAGCUAUUCAAAGUACUGAUGAAGACCAAAAGAUGCAGAUUGUAGAAGAAUUGCAUGCUGCUCGCAUUGACAAAAAGAUGGCUUUGCCUGUGGUUCAGACCUGUGGAGAGCUGACCAGCAUGGAGAUAGAUCUUCCAGAUGAUGAAUCAAAUAUGUCUGCUAAAACUCUGUCUGGCCUGAAUAGCUUGAUUGUGAUUGACACUAAUAUAAUGAUCAGCCAUCUAGAAUUCAUCAAAUCUUUGAAGAAUAGAGAUGUCCCAGGAAUUGGCAGAUUUGUGCUUGUAAUUCCCUGGGUGGUUUUGCAAGAACUGGAUAAUUUAAAAAGAGGGAAAAUAUUGGCAAAUGUUAGUCAAAAAGCGAUCCCUGCAGUUCACUUCAUCUAUACUUGCCUGAAAAACCAAGAUCCAAAGUUGCGGGGACAAUCCAUGCAACUUGCUUCUCAGCAAACACAUGGUUUCUGUGUUGAGAACAAUGAUGAUCGUGUGUUACAAUGCUGCCUGCAGUACCAGAACCUCUUUCCUCAAGCAGAAGUUGUACUGUUGACGGAUGAUAAAAACUUGUGCAACAAAGCCCUGGUGAGUGAAGUAAAGGCAUUUAGUAAAACAGAGUUGGUUAUUGCACUCCAGAAGCUGACUAUAAAUACUGUAAUUUUAAGCCAAGAUGUUUCCAGUGGCCAGUCACAAUCAGAAAAAGAUAUGAUAUCCAAGAAGGCUGAGGAUAAUUUUGCUGAUACUCUUUCAAGAAUUAUUCUUCACGCAAAACAAAGCUUGCAACAAGUUUUAUCAUCUAUACUGGAAACAGAAAUGAAUAUUGCUUUUGGAGAUCUUUGGAGAGAGGUAGUCUAUCAUAAACCCCCGUGGACUUUAGCAAAGGUGUUGGAAUGUUACAAAAGACACUGGGUGGCUGUUUUUGGAAUGGUUAUACCAAGAAGUUUUCUUUCAACCGUUGAAGUUUUAUAUGAACAUCUUGGUAAAGCUACUGUGAUUAACCCCUCAACAAUGAAGAUGGUGCUCCAGGAAUCCAAAAUGCUGUUGGAGAUGUUCAGCUCAAGAUCAAAAUAUGGUGGUAUCCUUUCCCAGACCUUAGCUCAGGUGAAUAAACUGCUUCAGACUCUUGAGAAGAUUCAGUCAGGUACUGGACCAGAUUCUUCAGAUACCUUCAAAUCUACUUCAGAAAACACUGUUUGUGAACAAGUGGAAGAUGUGGCUUUGACCGAACAAACUCGGGAUAUAGAUGAGUCACUGUCACCUAUGCCUCUAGUCCAAGGAAACAGGCAUAUGGAAAUCUGGUCUGUCCUUGAAAGCGUCUGGAACACAAUAAACCUAUUCAGUCUGGAACUAUUUCAGAAGCUGGACCUCAGUACAGUAAAUACCACUCAGAAUAUGUCCUCAUUCAAAGAUGCUUUCAUAGGUCUGCAAAAGUUAACGGCAGCAGUGAAUGAAAUCCUUGCAGGAAUUCGGCAAGUUUUAGUGCCGAACAGUAGCUUUCAAGAUGUUUGGGCCCUCUAUAGCUUCUUAAUGAAUAAUGAGAUGCAUAAUAAUACAGCAUUUACUGCUGAGGAACUUUAUGACUGCAUUUCACAGGACAUGUACAGGGAUCGGUUAUCAAUUGGAUGUGGCCAACUAGCUCAACUGGAAUACAAUAUUAAACAGUGCUAUGAAUCUGUCUGUCUGGAGAUCAAGAACAGGGGAUGGCUCUAAUUGUGCAGUCAACUGCAGCUUUUGAAGAAACAGUGUUUUUUCCUUUUAGCUGAAUGCAGCAAUCUUGUCGACCAGUCAAAGAUGGCCACCAUUAUACUGGACCUUAGACCAGUGUAACUAAACAGUAUUAUUUGCUUUGUCAGCAGUCAUGUUUAAGGGCCCAAACUGUACAUUACAUUAAAUGUAUAGUUUGGCUUUGCAUGUUUUUGUGUGUAAAUAGCAGCUGCUGGGGAGGGGGAAGAGAUUUAGAAUUGGGACUCUCAGCUAGGGGGGAGAACUUUUAAAGUCUCCCCAAAGCUGGUAUUUGCAUUAGACAUGCACGUGUGUAUGUGAAGCUGAAUAGCAAGUUGGGUGGAACAAUUUUAACCAGGACUGUAGUGUGGAAGUAAAGAGUGAAGCCCCUUCCCCACAAUCCUGAUUUUUAUGUACAAAUAAAAAAAAUUAACCUGCAAGACCAAACAAUGCAUGUUAAUGCAACGUGUAAUUUCUCUAAAGCGUAAGAGUAGUAGUAGAAAAGAGAGUUAGCAUCACAGUUAUGACAGCUACUUCGACAGGGUCCCUACCAACACUGUUGUCACCCAUCGGUCAUCACCUAAGAACAUUAGAAAAGACUGCUGGACCAGGCCAGUAGCCCAUCUAGUCCAGCAUCCUGUUCUCAUGGUGACCAACAAGAUGCCUACGGUAAGCCCAAAAGCAGGACAUGAGUGCAACACCAGCCUCCCAGACAACAGUGUCCCCACUUUUCUCACAUUUGUAAGGCACCAUACAGCAACAAAUGGGAGCAACUUGUUGACAUCACUUAUCCUACGCCAUGCCCUCUGUGUAACACAGAACAAUCAUGCUGCCCCAAAAAAGUGGUUCAUAGAACCUCCAUGAAUACACUAAGGAAUGGGAACAGGAUCUGGCCAGUGGCCUGGAUCCUGAGCUCUACCCAUCUACUACGGGGCACUUUGAUGGGUGGGACUAUCCACCUGUCAGUCAUCUGAUGUCAGUGACAUCAGGUGACUCAACAGGGCUUGGUGUAAGCAGCAACUAACUGAUUAGGUUCAGAGGAGGGCAAUGAGGAAGAUCAGGACUGAAAACAAAGCCCUAUGAGGAGAGAUUGAAAGAAUUGGGCAUGUUUAGCCUUGAGAAGAGAAGACUGAGGGGAGAUAUGAUAGCACUGUUCAUGUACUUAAAAAGUUGCCACACAGAGGAAGGCCAGGAGCUCUUCUUGGUCAUCCCAGAGUGCACGACACAGAAUAAUGGGCUCAAGUUGUAGGAAACCAGAUUUCAACUGAACAUCAGGAAAAACUUAACUGUUAGAGUGGUAUAACAAUGAACCAAAUACCUAAGGAUGUGGUGAGCUCUCCAACACUGGAGGCAUUAAAGAGGCAGUUGGGCAGCCACCUGUUGGGUAUGCUUUAAUUUGGAUUCCUGCAUUGAGCAGGGGGUUGGAGUUGAUGGCCUUAUAGACCACUAGAUUCUAUGAAGAGUGCUUACAGCAAGCCAUGUUUAAGGCAGGGAUCGACUGGACUAUGGAGUUUCUGAUUGGGAACUCCAUAGCACAGCUGAUACCAGCAGGGCUUGCUGUAAGGCCUUGCUUUUGCCAAGGAACAAUUGGAUGCAACAUUUAAAGCUCCCAAUUGUUUCUUUACAGCAGUGUCCUUUGCAGCUGCAUUGCAUCAGGUGGCCAUGAUUUGGGGGAAACAGCCUUGCAAGUCGGAGGUUCCUCAUCACAGUGCUAACUACAGCAUUAGGCCAGGAGAAUGCUAUGCCUACAAACAGGAAUUUGAAUCCUCUGGCAGCCUGAGUAAGGACAACAAUCUUUUUGCUAGUGUGAAUUCAAAGGUUAACAGGAAUAGAAGGCAUGCCAUUUCAAUCAUAGCAGGCAGACAGCUCCAUAGCCAUGUGGGAAAGAGGUAUGCAUGAAGUAUCCGUGGGCUCACUGGGAGAAGGCUCAUGUCCCACUGUGGGAACAAUGUUUUUGGGACAGGAACAAGCUUUUGCUAGCAAGAGGGAAAAGAGCUCCAUGGGUAGGGCACCAACAGAAGCUAGAAUAGCAAACUCAUAGGAACCAAAACUGAGCUGUAUAAUAGCUCAGUGGAGAGGAGAAGGGGAGAUAAUUCAAAUUCCACCCUAGGAGAUGGGAAAGCAACUGCUGUGAAACAAAGCAUACCUUGGGGAUAAGUUUGCUUAUGACCAAUAACAUUUGUAAAGGCAGUGAGAAUCUCUGUAUCUCCCAUUCCAUAGAUCAAAUUACACAGCCAGACUGAGCAGACUUGACAAGAAGUUUGUGAUGGAGCCAUUGUACUCCACAAUCCAUAACAUACCUCUUCUACCCUCAGUGAUUCCAUUCAUACAGAUGGUACCAAAGGAUCUCCAGAUAGAGCAGUAUUUAGUGGAAUAGCACAGGCAUGGAGCACACAGGAGGCCCUAGGAUCAGUCCCUGGCCACAGACUUCUAGGAGAGAAGGCUGGGAAGAGAUCUACCCAAGGCUAUUGGCCUACUACAUUCUAAGUCAACAGGAUGGAGGCAUUCAUACAUGGGUAGCCUCCAGCCACUACCCAGGAAAGACAAGUUCAUGUGAUCAGCUCUGAUGAUCUAGGUAGGCAGAGGACGUUUUGCUCCAGUUCCUUACCACCCUAGCUGGCUAGGGCUGAUGGACGUUGUAGUCCAGAACAGCUGGAGGCCACCAGGUUGGCAAAGGGUGUUUUACAUCUUCAUCUCAAUAUUAAUUUCUUGACAUUUUAUCUUUUCCAGCCUCUUCUGAUGAUGAUGAUGAUAAUAAACUUCUACAUUUCCUAUUGUUCUCUUCACUCUUUUGCCCUCCCUGCUUGACCAUGGAUUCAGGUUGGAAACGUCAUUCUGCGGAAGACAGAAUUAAAAACAAGGCU